AGACCGCCAUGAUAUCAUAGAAGAAGACGUAAACGUAGAUGUUUAAGUGAACACGUGUGGGGAAAGGAAGGGAUCCACGCUUGCGGAGUGGUCACACGUAAGUAGAAACGUACUGCCUCAACUGUAAAACUUCAACAUGGCUGUCAGGGCAUCUUUCGAGAAGAACAACGAAAUAGGCUGCUUCGCCAAAUUAACAAACACAUACUGCCUAGUUGCAAUUGGCGGGUCAGAGAACUUCUACAGUGUCUUCGAAGGCGAGUUGUCCGAAACCAUCCCAGUUGUACAUGCCUCAAUAGCAGGAUGUCGGAUAAUUGGAAGAAUGUGUGUGGGGAAUCGUCAUGGGCUCCUGGUGCCCAACAACACCACGGACCAAGAGCUGCAGCACAUUAGGAAUUGUCUCCCAGACGCAGUGAAGAUUCAGAGGGUAGAGGAGAGGCUCUCAGCACUGGGGAAUGUCAUUGCCUGUAAUGACUAUGUGGCUCUGGUGCAUCCUGAUCUGGACAGGGAGACAGAGGAGAUCCUGGCAGACAGUCUGAAGGUGGAGGUGUUUCGUCAGACAGUAGCAGAGCAAGUUCUAGUGGGGAGCUACUGUGCCUUCAGCAACCAGGGGGGACUGGUACACCCCAAGACCUCCAUAGAAGACCAGGAUGAGCUCUCCUCCCUACUCCAAGUGCCUCUGGUGGCAGGAACGGUGAACCGUGGUAGUGAGGUCAUCGCUGCGGGGAUGGUGGUAAACGACUGGUGUGCCUUCACUGGGCUGGACACCACCAGCACAGAGCUGUCUGUCAUCGAGAGUGUGUUCAGACUAAGCGAGUCUCAGCCUAGCGCCAUCGCUACCACAAUGAGAGACUCUCUAAUUGACAGCCUCGCAUAAGAUGCCAUUCUACCUUGAAAGGUUUGAGGUACCUCUGGGGGGUGGAAAACUGCUGCAGAAUGCAAGAAGCUGGACAUUUCUCCCGAUAUGGUUAAACCUUCAAUGUUUAUUGGAAUUUUGUAUGGUAUAUCAAUGCUAGACUUCAUAAUUCCUUAAAUCUACUUAUGUUCUGGCAAUAUUAAAUCUAGAGUUUACUGUAAACGGUGACAAUGUUAAUGUUCCUUAUGUGAAGCAGGAUAUGUACAUUACAGUAAAGCCACACACGGCAAACUGUUGAUGGGAAUUUUUGGAAUGUACCCUUUAAUACGUUGCAUUUGUCACAAUCUGUUUCUAAUCAUUGUUCGUACCCAUGUGACACCUGUAAACCAAAUUGCUUUCAUGGCUCAAGGAAUCUUUAUUUGUACGGAUGCUGCUUGAAUUUAUACACAAUUGAUUUUACCCACAGUUUCAAACAAUUAACAUUUUAAUAAACUUCACGUUAACUUGUGUAAAGUCAAAACGUUAGGUA